AUGCCUGGGGACAAAAUGAUUAAUAAUCAUAAUGCAGUUUCUUCAGUCAUUGGUAAGGGCGUUGCAGAUCAAAGUGAAUAUUAUCCUCCCACAAUCUGUUAUGAUCAUCAUCAUCCAGGAAAUAAUGAAACCUAUAAUCAUUCGGAUGGUUCUUGCCAUCAAAAUUCCAGUGGGGACUCAUUCAUGGGUAAUAAUGGUUCACUUCUCUACUUUAUGCCUGGCUACAACCCAUAUGCAGGUCAGACUUUCUUGGGUGUUGAUGGGCAAAAUCGUCAUUUCCCAUCAUCAGAAGGCAUGCCCCGUUACUUGUGGAAUUCUGCAUACAGUGAUGCAAGAUACCACAAUUCCACGUCUUGGGGCUCGAAAUCUGCCAUGGUUUCUAAUGGUUUAAUGAAGUCAAAUGGUUUUAGUUCCCAAAGAUUCCCAAAUUACCCUCUUGAUAUACAGUCAACAUCUAAUAUCUCUCAGUCGUUUCUCCAGACUCCACAACUCUGCUCAGUGAAUAAGUCUGGAGGUGUUGCAAAAGGGUAUCAACAAUGUUCAAAUUUCUCAUCUUUUCCCUAUCAAAACCAAGGCCUUUUUGCAAACUAUUCCAUGAUCCAUGCUUCCAAAGUGAGAGAUAAAUCAUACUCAAAUGGAGAAUCUGAAGAAUUAACUUGUGGGCCUAGGGCUCAAAGCAGCAUACUCGAGCAUCAAGAAUCUGGGAAUUCCUUUAAAAGUGAUCAGUAUAAUCUUGAUGGGUUUCAGACUAAAUAUGAACAAGCUAAAUUCUACAUCAUCAAGUCAUACAGUGAAGACGAUGUUCAUAAGUGUGUCAAAUAUGAUGUUUGGUCAAGUACGCCCAAUGGCAACAAGAAGUUGGAUAUUGCUUUCCUUGAGGCCGAAGGAAAAAGAAGAGAAACAGGGUCAAUGUGUCCGGUUUUCUUAUUUUUUUCAGUAAAUGGGAGCGGACAGUUUGUGGGAGUUGCUGAAAUGACAGGGCGAGUUGUUUUUGAAAAAGACAUGGAUUUUUGGCAACUUGAUAAAUGGAGUGGCUUUUUCCCAUUAAAAUGGCAUAUUAUAAAAGACAUCCCCAACACACAAUUAAGACACAUUAUUCUUGAAAACAAUGAUAAUCGGCCUGUUACUUACACUAGGGACACUCAGGAGGUUGGAUUACAACAAGGUUUAGAAAUGCUUGAUAUUUUCAAAAGCUAUCCAUCAAAAACAUCUUUGCUAGAUGACUUGAGCUUCUAUGAGAAUCGUGAGAAGUCGCUUAAAGCCAGAAGGAUUCACAAAGUUGCCUUCCAACUAGAGAAGAAUUUAAAAUUGGGAGAAGGAUCAAUGAGCACAAAUGGGUCGUUGGAUCCAACUUCAUCUCUCAUCAAUCUACAAAAUUUGUCUCUCAGUUGAAACAUUCCAAGAGAUAAGCAUCCGGCUUAGGUAUUGAGUCUUGGGUUUGUGUAGAUGGUAGGAUUUUAAUGAGUUGGUUGUGUUUUUUGUUGUUUAUUUUACUGUAAUCUUAUAAUAUUGCUUAGAGUAAAACUCGGGUUUUACUAUCCUACCUUUUUCAUGAUCAAACCACUGUUGGCGAGUUUGUUUUUACACUUGUCCUAUCUUGGUUAUGCGAAAAAAAUUCAGGAGUUUUAAGCAUUCAAGUUUUAGUUAUGUAUGUGAUUUUUUAAUGGA